GUCGGUGCGCAUCAAACACCUUGCAGUCGGUUCAGAGCCAUUGAGAAAAAGGGGGUCUCUCUCGGAUAUGGUGGAGUAGGCUACAUCGGGGCGGCUUGGAAACCACCUGGUUUGGAAUAACCCGAUGGAAAUUGGAAGACGGGGGCAUUGCGAAGUCCGUUUUGAGGAGGUUUUCAUGGAGCGUUGAGAUUAUUAUUAUGUGGUGGCUUGCCUUAAUGAUGUUUACAUCUCCGGCUUUCCCAUUCAUCGUGUUUGUGUGCAUGGGGUUAUCCGAGGCAGUUCAUUCCUAUGAUGCGCUGCCGUUAGUACUAAGGAAAUCUCGUACAAUCGCCGAAGAGCAUCCAGAUACGAGCGCGAACGAGUUUCCAGGGUACCGGCUCGGUAUUGUCGCAUUAACACCAGCGCCCACGAUCGCGUCCGCCAGAAAACCGAUAAAUGUCGCCGCACCAGCAGCCACCAUUAAACCACCAACAACGGACCCCACCACCUCAUCCCUGUCUAAUCCCAGCUACAUGGCCGCGUUUGAUCGGAGGAAGCUCAGCUCUGUUGAAACGCAGAUGAAAGACACGCAGAUCUCUGAUAAUAAAGCAGACAGAUCAGGCAUCGUGCCCGAUUUUAGCACAACCUCUGACAAUUCUCAAGAGCUGGUGUGUAACUGCAGCGGUGAAGGAGUGUCGGACCCUGAUGAGUGCGACCGUGAGACGGGCCAGUGUGACUGUAUGCCGGGUUACACUGGGCUGCAGUGUGAAGAGUGUGAGGAAGAUCACUUCACCAACGGCACCAUCGGCUGUCUGCCCUGCGCUUGCGACACCUUCGGUGCGGACGGUUCAAGCUGUGACAGUUCAGGUAUGUGUACGUGUAAGAAAGGAGUAUACGGGCCCAAGUGUGACGACUGCCACCCUGGAUUCUUCCACUUCAGCAGCACAGGAUGCCAACUGUGCCAAUGCAACAACCACUCCACCUACUGCCACCCUCAGUCAGGUGUUUGUUUGGACUGUCAGAACAACACUCAGGGCCACAACUGUGAGGAGUGUCUGCCCAACUUUUACCGGCGUCACGGCGAGGGGUCCGCGGACGCCUGUCUGCCUUGUCCCUGCUCCUCUGAGACCUCCAGCGGCAGCUGCCAUCUCGAUUCCAGUGGACGACCUGUAUGUGACGAAUGUAAGCCUGGCUUCUCUGGCCUGACAUGCAACGUGUGCACAGACGGUUUAUUUAAAUCAGCAGGCACGUGCGUGCCCUGCGACUGUAACGGGAACGCGGACCCUCGCUCCAUGCCCCAAAUAUGCCACCCUGAGACCGGCCAUUGCCACCGCUGCAUCAACCACACAGCAGGAGCACACUGUGAGAUCUGCGCACGUGGAUACACGGGGGAUGCCCGCUAUCACAACUGCACCCUGAGAGCUGUAAGAAUCUCCCCAACUCAAGACAUCAAGACCUCCACAACAGAAAUCCCCAAAUCCACAAGUUCCGUUUCUUCUACACCUUCUCGUCUCCUCACUUCCUCCUCCCCCACCACCUACCCAAGCCUACCGACCCUGCAGUCCGGCACAGGAGACUCCGCAGGACACAACAGCACAGCCUCUGCUCUAACAGUAGUGUCCUGGACGCAGUUUAACAUCAUUAUUCUCGCCGUCAUCAUUGUGGUCGUCGUUCUCCUCAUGGGCUUCGUCGGAGGAGUGUAUACGUAUCGUGAGUACCGCAACCGAAAACUGAAUGCCCCGUUUUGGACCAUUGAGCUGAAGGAGGACAACAUCAGCUUCAGCAGCUACCACGAUAGCAUCCCACACGCCGAUCCCAAUGGACUACUGGAGGAGGAGCCGUGUGUGGUCGCAGCCAAUGGGCAGUUAGCGCUCGCCACUGCCGCCAACAUGUACAAAGCGUGAAGUCAUCGGUAGGAUUGUAUCUACUUUAAAAGGGAUAAAAUUAUCAUCAUUUACUCACCCUCAUGUCGUAUCAAACCUGUAUGACUUUCUUUUUUCUGUGGAACAUAAUUGUGAAGACCUGUUUUUGUCCUUGUACUGAAAGUUGGUGUGGUCCAACAUCUUUUCUUUUGUGUUCCACAGAAGAAACAAAGUUCAAACAUUUUUUGAACAACAUGAGGAUGAGUAAAGUAGCAAGUUUCAUUUUCUGGUGAACUAUCCCGUUAAUUACGAUGAAAGAAGUGAUAAAAGAUGCCCUGGGAGCCAAAGCUAACUUCUUUGAUUCUACACACUAUUUAGCUCCCCAUUGCUUCCUUUGUGAUAUCCUCAUGCAAAGUGUUCUCUCAUACAAUAUUUCCUGUAACAUUAAAGAGGACUCAAGGAAAUACAAGACAAGCCAUUAACAUGUUACUUCACGGCAGCCCUCAGACACAAAAAUCGAUGAAUUGCGAAUAUGUUGCCUCUUAAAUGAGCCUGUGUUUGGGUGUAAGGAUGCUAACCUUCAGUUGCUACUUCUACAUACAUGAAAGAGGACCCACAUGCCAAGAUAAUUCCACCCAAAACUGCUGUUUGUAUAGGAAACUCAAAAGGUUUUCAGACUGACCCAAUUGCACCGACUGGGAAAUUCACUUUGGCUUUGUGAUCUUCAAUAGAAAACAGAGGAAGUUUUAACAGAGGAACAUAUAAUCAGCAAGGAAACAAAGACUGCCAGUUAAGUUGUAUGUCUUUGCCAGAGACUAUUUCAUAUAUCGAUGGCGGCACUUUGAAUUUCUUUGGAAUGCAGUCUCGCUACGAUUUCCUCUUUACUCUAUUCCUGUCACAGAUUGGUACCAAACUGAACAUGCUACAUAACAGUCAUACCUGUAAUGCUAGCACCUGUUUCAGCCUUAUUGUAUUUAUGAGUGUGAGUGGGUGUAUGUGGAGAGAGAGAGAGAGAGAAAGAGAGAGUGUUGAGUGUGGAGACAGUUUCAGAUCUAACUGUGUAGAGCUGGAUUCUACGCAGGAAUGUACAAAAAGACUGGAUUUCUUCUGCUGCAUAGUUUCACGAAAACUGAUCAAAUGUUUGACACAAUAUUGUACACACGAAAGCCAUGUAAGCGUAAAAUGACCCACGAGGAACGUGUUCAGAAGACUUUGUGAAGUGGAAAGACUUUUUUGGGAACCUGUAAGGUACGACGGUGGACACAGUGGUUUUUUUUUUCCUCCAUUUGUCUGCAAGGACCCUUUUAAAUGUGAUUCAGGAUCAUUUUGAUGAUUUGGACAAAGGACUGGUGUUUGAACUAAUGUGUUUUUUUUUUGUUUUUUUUCCUAAUUUGUCUUGUUGGUUCCUAUUUAUUUAUCUUUUGUGUUUGUCUCUGUGGUCUUAUUUUAUCAAUGUUUUUUCAAUCUUCAUGCUGCAUUGUACAGUGUAUUAUACCGAAUGCAAACUCUGUAGGCCGAGUUGUGAGCACAACCUCAAAGACGUGUUGGAAGUCUUAUUUUCUUCUCUUAUUUUCUUUCUAAUUUAUUUAGUCAGGUUACGUGUUAAUAACUCACAGUAUACAAUGGGAUUUUGGUGGAAAAUUCUGUAUUUUCUCAUUCCUGAGUUGUCAAAUGACUGAAAAUAAAGGAUUAUUGAAUCAAAGGA